AUGGUACUCUCUUCAGACAUAGUGAUCAUGUCCAUACUAGUCUCCAUGCUCCUCUUCUUCGUCGUAGUCGUCGGAGUAGUAAUCAUCCACGUCUUCAUCACAGCUAGAUCAGUCAGGAGAGCGUUAGUCGACGAUGCCAACAACAACACCACCGCCACCACCGAUCCUCUCCCCGCCCAAACCCACCGCGGAUACAGCCGACCAAGGAUGUCCCAGGCGGACCUCGACAAGCUCCCAUCCUUCAACUACAACGACGACAACGAAUCCAAGAGCACCACCAUCGUUGGAGGCAAAGGGCGUGACAUGGUCGAUCAAUUCGGGGAUUGCGCGGUGUGCCUGGACACCUUCAAGCUAGGGGAGAAAUGCAGGGUGCUGCCACUCUGCAAGCACAGCUUCCACGCCAAGUGCGUCGAUGGCUGGCUGCUGAAGAUCCCCGUCUGUCCAAUCUGCAGGGACAACGUCGCCCUUUCUUCGAGGAGGAUUGAGAGGGAAGAGAUCAGCGGGAGCAGGAGAAACAGCAGCCAAUUCAGUGGCGAGAUGAGCUUGUUCUGUGGGAGCAUUGCUACAACUGAGAGCACCAGCAGCAGCCGGUUUAGCGAUGCGAGUUUUGUUACUGUGGUUGGUGGUGGCAGGUUAAGGAGUGUUGAGAAUGGCGAUGUUAUAAUUGAGAUGGUGGAGAGUAAUGGGGAUCAUGUUGAUGUAAUUGAUCGGUCCCUUUCUGGGCCUCCACGUUCUUCUGUGGAUUCCUUGCCCUUGUGA